ACACACACGCACACACGCCACAUAUCUAGUUGUCACAUUUGCACACACGCGCAUACCAGUGUGUCUUUAGUUGUUGUUUUUUUUUUUCCAAUUUCGAGCGAAGCAAUUUAACAAAAUUCGUGCGCAGCAACAAGGAACACACAAAAACUCGGAUCCACUUUUCGCCAGCGUGGGCAAAGCGAAAAAAGAGGAGCGAAAAAAAGCACGCUGCCAAGCGUACGCCAUGGCCGAGUAUUGGCAGCAACAGCAACAGCAGCAGCAGCAGCAGCUGGUAACGAACGGUGCUGACGCAGCGCCUGCUGCAGACGGCUCAGCCACAGCGAAUGGGCACAACAACAACAAUAACUAUGUGAAUUUCAAUCAAUUUAUCACACAACACAACCUGGCCAGCUCCAGUCUGGGCUACAGCAUUGGCGGUGGCGGCGGCGCCUUUGGCCUGACGCCCAGCGUUAGCGCCAGCAGCAAUUUUGUCGGUGGCGGCGGCGGCGGCGGCGACAAUUUGUAUGCGCCAACGUUUUAUGCCUCUCAAAAUGGCGAUGGCGCCGCAAGUGGCAACAGUUAUAAUGCAGCCGGAGCCGCAGCCGCUGCUUAUCCCAAUCUUUAUACACCCUUUGGAAAUAAUCCGUUUGCUGCCGCUGGCGUUGGCUACGAUUUCAGCACUUCCAAGCUGCAGGCCACAGCGCCCGAAUUUGUGCCCAAUUUUGCCAAACUCAGUCUGACGUCGCCGUCAGCGUCGGCGUCUAGCAAAAAUCAUAACAACAACAACAACACUGCCACACAGCCAAAUGCAGCAGCAGCAGGCAGCAAUUCAUCACAGCACUCGCAGCCGCAGCCGCAGCUGCUGUCACAAAGAGCCGACCAGAGGCAGCCGAAGCCGCAUGGCAGCGGCAACAAUAGUCGCCAACAGCGACGCAACGACUACCGCGAGGAUCGCAAUGAGGAGCGCUAUGAGCGCGGCAAGAAACCGCAGAAGCAACAGCGCUACGACAAUCAUCGCAGCAAUAAGCGACGCGACGAUUGGAAUCGCAAUCGGGAUCGCAUCAAUGGCUAUCCACGCGCCACCGAGGAGCUGGACACAAGCAACAGCAAUGACAGCGCACAGCCCUCGCCAGAGAAGCAGCCGUCGCAACAGCAGCUGCACCAGCAGCAACAAAUCUCACCGAGACGUGCGCCCGAUCAUGAAAAGCUGUCGCAGCGUGAAAAGCUAAUGCGCGACAUUGAGCAGCGGCGUCUGGAGUGCCUGGUCUGUGUGGAGUUGAUUAAGGCGCAUCAUGGCACCUGGUCGUGCCAGAAUUGUUAUCAUGUGCUGCACCUCAAGUGCACCAUCACCUGGGCCAGCAGCUCGAAAUCCGCCGAGGGCUGGCGUUGCCCCGCCUGCCAGAAUGUGCUGGAGGAGCUGCCGCGCGAAUAUCUGUGCUUCUGUGGCAAACUCAAGAAUCCACCGUUGACGCGCACCGAACUAGCCCACAGCUGCGGUGAGCUGUGCUGCCGUGUCGAGGGCUGCAGCCAUGCGUGCACGCUGCUCUGCCAUCCCGGUCCGUGUCCGCCAUGCCAGGCGAAUGUCAGUCGCAGCUGCGGCUGCGGACGCACCUCCAAGCUGAUGCAGUGCGCCAUGAAGCAGCCGCUGCAGUGUGAGGCCAUUUGCGACAAGCUGCUCAACUGCGGCGAGCAUCGUUGCCAGCAGCCGUGCCAUGCGGGCAAGUGUGAGGCGUGCGCGGAGCAAGUGCAGCAGCAUUGCCAUUGCGGCAAGCAGCAGCGCGAGGUGCAGUGCACCCGCGAGAGCCAGGAUAAGCGCAGCUAUUCGUGCAAAGAGUGCUGCAGCAAGCCGCUGCCCUGCGGCAAUCAUAAAUGCAAGGAUUCAUGCCACGCCGGCGCUUGUCGUCCCUGCAAGCUGAGUCCCACACAAAUCACCAGCUGCCCAUGCGGCAAACUGCCGGUGCCGGCAACGCAGCGCGCCAGUUGCCUGGAUCCGGUGCCCACCUGCGAGGGCGUCUGCGGCAAAACGCUGCGGUGCGGCAAACCCGCGCAUCCGCAUCAAUGCGCCAGCAAAUGCCACCUGGGCCAGUGCCCGCCGUGCCCCAAGCAAACGGCGGUCAAGUGCCGUUGCGGCCACAUGGAUCAGAUGAUCAAAUGCCGCCAAUUGUCUACCCGUGCGGACGAUGCGCGCUGCAAGCGACGCUGCACCAAGAAGCGCAGCUGUGGCAAGCACAAGUGCAAUGCCGAGUGCUGCAUCGAUAUCGAUCACGCCUGCCCGUUGCCCUGCAAUCGCACGCUCAGCUGUGGCCGGCAUAAAUGCGAUCAGCCCUGUCAUCGUGGCAAUUGCCCGCCCUGCUAUCGCAGCAGCUUCGAGGAGCUGUACUGUGAGUGCGGCGCCGAGGUCAUCUAUCCGCCGGUGCCAUGCGGCACCAAGAAGCCCAUCUGCAAGCGACCCUGUUCGCGGACGCACGGCUGCGAGCAUCCACCACAGCAUAAUUGCCAUGCGGCGGCUAGCUGCCCGCCCUGCAUGAUGUUCACCACCAAGUGGUGUCAUGGCAAUCACGAACAGCGCAAGACCAUACCCUGCUCCCAGGCCAGCUUUAGUUGUGGCCUAGCCUGCGGCAAGCCGCUCGCCUGCGGUCGCCACAAAUGCAUACGGCCCUGUCAUGAGGGCGAAUGCCAGCAGCCGGGCGAGCUGUGCCGCCAGAGCUGCACCAAGCCGCGUCUAUUGUGCGGCCACAAGUGCGCGGCCAUAUGCCAUGAGGGCGUCUGUCCUGAAACGCCCUGCAAGGAGCUGGUCGAGGUGCAGUGCGAGUGCGGCAAUCGUAAGCAAAGCCGCAGCUGCCAGGAGCUGGCACGGGAGCACAGUCGCAUUGCCACCGCACAGCUGGCCUCCUCCAUGGCGGAAAUGUCGCGCGGCAACUACAUGGAACUCAGCGAGAUACUGGCGCCCAACAAGAACAAUAAAUCCAACAAAACCUUGAACUGCAAUGAUGAGUGCCGUCUGUUGGAGCGUAAUCGUCGCUUGGCUAUUGGCUUGCAGUCGCGUAAUCCGGAGACGCAGCUCAAGUCGCUGACAAAGUACUCGGAAUUCUUGCGCGGCUUUGCCAAACGCAAUCCGGCGCUGACAAAGAGCGUCUAUGAAACCCUCACCGAUCUGGUCAAGCUGGCCAAGGAGAGCAAACAAAAGUCGAGAAGUCACUCGUUUCCCACCAUGAAUCGUGAGAAGCGUCAAUUGGUGCAUGAGCUAUGCGAAGUUUUUGGCGUGGAGUCUGUUUCCUACGACAAGGAGCCAAAUCGCAAUGUGGUUGCCACAGCGCACAAGGAGCGGUGCUGGCUCCCAGCCACUAGCAUCAUGGAGGUGCUGGCACGCGAAUCCGGGCAACGUCGCGUGCCCGUGCCCAGCAACAAUGCAUGGAGCCUCAAAAAGUAGCAGGCAACAAUUCAUUCGUUUAUCCUUGACAAUACACGAACACAUUUAGCAGAGUUUAUCAAAAGAGAGAGAGAGGGGCAGGGAGAUCUCUUUGUAAAUCUCUUAAAACUAGCCUGAACAUAAUUGAAAAAUUUCUAAAACGUUAGUUCAAAUAUUGUUGCAUGGACAAUGUUAAAGUAAAAGAAAGGUUGCAGGAUAUACCAAAUGAACAUAAAGGAAAAAGUGUGGAAAACAAUACUAAAACAAAAAAAACGGGCAAAAUUGGAAACUGUUAAUCAACUUUCAACUGUUUUAUGAUGAAUUUAUAUAAAGCUGAAUCCUUUGACUACGUUGCAAACAAUAAUAAACAAAAUAAGGAAGCGAUGUAAAAAAGGAAAUAUUUUAAAUGUGAGCUAAAGAAAACCUUGUGAAUACAAUGGAUUUCGACUGCAUUUUCUGUAAGUAUCGCAUAAAGAGGUUAUGUUAUUAAUACUAAUAAAAUUUGUGUUGUCGUAGUCUCACA